GAUAAUAAAACAGCUAUAUGUUCACAGUACACUGAUUAGCACGCUCACGCUCUCUGGUGUUCACUGACCAGAGCACAUCACUCGCGCAAAGCAGGAGGGAGCGCACACACACACACACACACACUUGGACAGUUGCGCUUCCCUCGUGAAAACAAUGGCAAACCAUGGUCUGUUUUGAAAAGGCAACCACAGGCAGCGAGCAGCGAGGCAUUCAGCGAGCUGGCAUUGUAUUUAGAGGCUUUUCUGCUCUGCAUCGCUUUAGUCGUGUAUUGAUUUUAAUGCACAUGUGCGUGCAGAUUCUAUUUAGCUUUAUUUAAAAAUGUGCACGACGCUCUCUGCCAGCUCACACAUUCAGUGCAUGUGUGGCUAGCUCGUCACUGCUGCCUUUUCACUGUUCGGGGCUCCAGCCACUAGCUCCUUUUUUUUCCACCCUGCUAGUAAGCUAGCGCUAGCUCGGUGGCUUGUAUUUACUUGAAAAUAAGUAAAAAUAAAUCCGAAUGUAGCGCAUAUCAUUUUUACUAUCGGGUCGGAACAGCGGAUAGUAAGUCUACCACACAAUCGUUACUAUCGAGUACGUAAGCGAGUCUUGUAUGGUUUGUGGUAGAAAAUACUUUGCUGGCUAGCGGACUGGCUAGCUAUUUGUGCGCAUUAUUCGACUGAGGAAAACUGCGAGUUUUCUUUUGAAAGUAUGGAUGAUCAAACGAGGAUGAUGUCGGGUCUGGCCGGACUCGGUGGACUAUCGCAGGCCGACGUGGGCGACCCAGACGGGGUUCGAAAGUCACUCGGUCAGCCUCAACAAGACAUUGGGGAUAUUCUUCAGCAAAUAAUGGCCAUCACCGACGAGAGCCUGGACGAGGCGCAGGCCAGAUGCUGGCAAGAGGAGUCUCCGGCGCACUGGGGUGGAUCAGACGACCCCACGGAGGGAGGGGGAGCUGGGGGGGGCACGGCAGGGGGUGGCCUGCCACUCAACUUCCAGCACAGGAAGCAUGCCCUGAACUGUCACAGGAUGAAGCCGGCGCUCUUCAGUGUUCUGUGCGAGAUCAAAGAAAAGACUGGUGAGUCUCUGCUCUUUUCUGCACUUCACCACCCCUCAUAGUCUCUCUCCCUCUCU